GCGGCGAAGUACAUCGCCAAAGGGAACACACAAAAAUCUGAUCGCCAUCUUCGCAUUCACUUGUUCAGGCGUUCUUCUUGUGUUGAUCGGUGCAUUUUUUCCCGUUUUGUUCCGGUUAAUAGUCCGUUAAUGGUUCAAUUUUUGAGGUGUGCUGUUGCUUUUCUGUUAGUGCGUUUUAUUGAUUAGGAUUUUCCGGAAAAAGUUUUCUGUUUAGUGGAAGUACAAGUAAAAACAAGUCGAGUCUGGGUGUGUGUCGAACAAAGUGAAGUUGGAGCAGUGCCUUAUCUUAUUGGAGAUAAAAUUUAAAUAUUCCGAUUCAUAAAUCAAAUCAUUGUGCAAUUUUAAUAUGUGCUAUAUUUAAGUGUUGUUAAGCAAAAUUCUUCGUGGUUCCUAGUUCCAGCGAAAGAAAAAAAAAAACCAAAAUUAAUCAGCCUUACCCAGGAUAUAACACAAAGCAGAGAGAACUCCCAGAAGAUUUUUCAUUUUCCAAUGCCUCAGUAGGCUGAUUCUCGCUGAGUAGGGAACAACCCGCAAGCUGCUACUAUAGGGUGAAGCGGCAGGAAGUGAGGAACAAACAAGCGCAAAGAAAGAGAUAACAGAGCCCCAACAAAAACAGCAUCAGCAGCAACAACUGCAGCACCAGCCGCAAACCAGAUGACGACGAAUAAGGAGGUCUAUCACGAAGGUUGGCUGAUCAAAUCGCCUCCGACGAAGCGAAUCUGGCGAGCGCGAUGGCGACGACGUUGGUUCACGCUCAAGCAGGGCGAAUUGCCGGGGCAGUUUUUUCUCGAGUACUACACGGAUCGCAAGUGCCGGAAGUUGAAGGGGAUAAUUGACCUGGAUCAGUGUGAGCAAGUUGACGCUGGAUUGCGGCUGGACAGGCAGAAGGAGAAAUACGCUCACAUGUUUGAUGUGAAAACGCCAACGAGGACGUACUAUCUGGCAGCGGACACCGAAGACGAUAUGCGAGGAUGGGUUAAUUGUAUCUGCCAGGUUUGCAAUCUGCAGGAAACACAGACAGCUGAUGAGCAGCGACCGUAUUACAACAUCGGUGCGAUUAAUAUGGCAGAUGCUGUAAAUAUGGCGGAUCAAGUGAACGUUAUUGCACCGACUGUAAAUUCCUCCGCUACGGAGCAGCAGGACAUUUCAAAUGAGACGGAAAUUUCACUGCUGCAUCAUUCGAUGCAAGGGGAUCCCCAGGAACAUAGCAUUCAGCAAGUGCAGCCACAGCCAAGACAAUCUUUGACGACAGUCUAUAAUCCGUACGGAACUUAUCAGAACGAGGAGGCAAUGAACUUUCGUGGAUCGGAAUAUACCAACAGAGAGACCAUUAUCUGCGAGGCGAAACUAAGUCAGAGUCAAACGUUUAGAAACAAUCAUAUGGACGGACUCAUGAACGCGGCAACAAUCGAACGAUCUCAAUCGCUCCGUGGAAAACCAUCCUCACCGGAGAAAGGCACCGCCGGACAUGCAACGAUGGUCAACCACACCCGUACUCAGUCGCUCAGCACGGAUAACACAAUUGUCUCCUCAGCAGCUGCCGCCAGCGCAGGAAAGAAAAUACCCGAAAACUUAAAACUAAACGAACGCACACUCGGUUACAAAAACGGUUCCGAACAACCAUCUCCCGCGCUGAGCAAUUCCUCCGGACCGUACAUUCCGAUCAGCGAGUGUUUCUCCGGAAGUCCUAUGCUGCAUUCUCCGAUCACUCCGCUGAACUCGUUGGAUCCCCGGUUUUACGACACCCCGCGUAGUCACACCAACAUCGGGUUCAAUCUGAUUAACAACGAACAACCGUACUCGCCGAAACGGAACAACGUAAGCGGUACGGUGCAACCGAAUAGUACGACAUGUGCGAAACCGCCUCGUAGUGGAAAAUCAAGUCCAUCGGAUUCGGAGAGUGUUUUCACCGAUGACGAAUGGACGGCACCGGCUACGGAGGGUACCGGUGCCAGAGAUCGUAAUACCAGACCGUCGGACAGUUCGAUCGAGAAUGAUGCUAUCGGUUGGACGUACGUUCAGCGUUUUGCCAAAGUUUCCCAGGAUGACCAAAAAGUUGGUGGCGUUGUUGCUGCACCACCGCGUCCCCCCAAGCGGACAAGUCUUAUUUUGGACAGUAUCGAAAAACACAAGGAUAUUCAAUCGUCGGAUACAGAAAAUGCAUCUCCGGCGAUAGGACCAAAGGAUGCCAGUUCGUGCGUCGAACAGUUCUACGAUAUCCCCCGGUCGCACCAACCCGGUCAGUACACUGGCAGUAGCAUGCAUUUGUCGGAUGCUGAAAUACUUUCGCCACUGAAUCAAUGCGAUCUGGUAGCUUCCAGUACUCCAAAUCUGGCCAGUGAAGUGAGCAGUCUGCACGGAACGUUGGGUCGUAUUAGACCGCACUGUUACAGCAAUGCUGCUCCGCAACGGGUAGAGGGAAAUGUGUUCCGGUUUGAUUUCAGCGAACAGGGAGAUGCUCCAGCUAUCAAUCGCAAUCUGAAACCGAAGUCAAGUGCGGAUAUAACGAAAUCGAUCGAAAGCAUUUCGCUUAGUACGAAACAAGGUAACUUGAGGGAAGGAGGUUUCAAUGCUCCUGCUACGCCUGCGACCUUGAAAAAUCCACCUCCGUCGGUGGAUAGAACGAGAAAGCCUGCAACACCACAGAUUGGCACGAAUUCUAUGCGGCGCAAAGGCGGACCAGUUUCAUUGAAUCUUCAGAAUCACAGCGAAAAUGUUUACGGCAACACGCAGGAGCAUGGCACACAGCUCAUAUCGGGCAUUUCACCCCGUACACCCGGUAAGAACGAGGACCGCCUGCAGUAUCUUGAUUUGGACCACUCGAAUAGCCCGCAAAAAACCCCGGGCCUUGCUGCUGCCUAUGGCGGAGGAGCGGUGGGAAUCACAGCGCCGCACCAACUCGGUAACAACAGUGCUAGCACUUCGAACGUCGGUAACCACAGUCUGGCACCACCGGUAGUCGCUCGUACACCUUACACUACGGUAGAUUUUGUCAAAACGGAUGCAUUCAAUCGAAUCCGUGCCGAUACCGAGAUGAGCCGGAAUCAGUCGCGAGUGAAGGAUCAGUCAUGAAUUUCGGAUAUUCCUGUUUAGUGAUAACUGCAUGCUGUUACGGCUCUACGUUAACAUUCAAUUUAUUCAAGUGCAAUUAAAGAUAUGCCUUAUUACGUAAUCAAUCGUUAAUGUUUGUGGCCAAAAAUGUUCGUUUUGGAUAGUAAGAAUUAACACACAAAAAAACAUUUCACUAUCUGUAUUUUAAUUUAGAGCUGUGAUUACGAAAAGGAUUGAGUUUCCCAGCGAAACACAAACGCACAGAUUCCACACGCAUUGAAUGGAUUUUUUACCAUGCAUGUAUGCAUUGCAAAAAUUCAGUGUAACUUAUCCAACUCCAAAAGUGUCAAUAGGUUUUCUAAUCUUAUUGCACAGUAUUAGGAUAAUGAAUAAUAAGCAUGUUUCCGUUAUUUUAUUUUUAAAAAGAUAAUCAACUAGAUGUUAACAUUUUUGGCAAAUAAAAACAGUUUAUGUACUCCGUAUUAGAACGCUUCGUACAAUAUUUCAAUUAGAGUAAACGUCAUUUUUUUACGAAAUAGAUCUAGUUAAAAGUUUAUCUGUUAACAGUAUGUAGACUAGCUGGCUUUUAAAAAUAUGUAUAAUAAAAGUU